UUAUCAUCACGUCCCAUUUUUAUAUUUAAAUCACUUGUAGGUCCUAAUUUGUUACAGUGUUCUUAGUUUGUAGUUGUUAGUAGUUGUAGAAGAUGUGGUUCGUGGUGUGUCUCGUUCUGGUUCCGUUAGUAGCUGGUGCUGAGAAGGACUUUAUUAAUUUCGGUGAAUUCGAGUGUCCCAGAGAAGAGAAAGCACUAGGCAGAUGUCUGCGAGACGCGCUGAACGCCUACAUACCACAACUAGCAACAGGAGUGCCAGAAUACGGAGUGCCACCAUGUGAGCCCCUGAUAGUGCCAGCUCUGUCCAUCCAGCAGUCGUCAGGCCCCAUAUCUGUGAGGUCCAGUUACUCCAACGUGACAGUGAAAGGACCUUCCAAAAUGAGGGUCAAGGAUGUUGACGUAAACACACAGCUGCACCGCGUGGUAGCGAGGCUGUACAUCCCGGACCUGCAGAUGACAGGCAACUACCGGGUGACGGGCAAGCUGCUCAUGUUGCCCAUCGAUGGACAGGGGCAGUUCGCUGCUAAAUAUGGUGACAUAGACGCGACAGUGACGAUAAUAUUAGGUCGUCAGCCUCGCCCCACCGGAGUAGAUGCCCUCAAAUGUGAAGACCUGGCAGUCUCCUUCCACGUCGGACACGCCACCAUGAAACUUGGCAACCUAUUUGGUGCUGACGAUGAGUUCAGUCACUCACUAAACCAAUUCCUGAAUGACAACUGGCAGAAGUUGAUCGAAGAGUUGCAGACGCCUAUGGAGGUAGCUCUGAGGGACUUCCUGAAGCCUCUAGCAGACCACACCUUCGCCACUCUUAACGCUGAUGAUAUUCUGUCCAAUUAAUGAAGACAUGAUGAUAA